UAAACCCCAGAGUAAACAGUAAGAAUGUGCCCUGCCCUUUAUGUAAACUGUGUAAAUGGCUACAAGAAGUGACCUUGAUGCUCUGGUGGUCCAAGUGGAAGGAUUGAAUCUAGAGGAGAACAAAGCUGGCUCAGGGGCUUAUGGCUGUGUCUUUAGAGUGACGGUGAAUGGAAGACACUGCAUUGCUAAGAAGCUUCACUCCAUAUUGCUCCAAGAGCGAUCCCUUGGACAGAGGGAGAGCAUUGUGACAAAGUUCAGAAAUGAAUGUCAUAUUCUGAGUGUUUUACAUCACCCCAACAUAGUUGGUUUCGUUGGAGUCCAUUACGGCCGCGAUAAGAACGACAUCAGUCUAAUAAUGGAGAGGCUUCAUUCCGACUUGGCUGAUUUCGUUGAAACCCAUCGAGACACGAAUAUCGCCACUAGAAUCCAUAUCCUGUAUGAUGUAUCCAAGGGACUGCACUAUCUCCACUCUCUGACCCCUCCCCUCAUCCAUCGUGACCUCACUGCUCCCAACAUCCUGCUCACUGAGGACCUCACUGCCAAGAUCGGAGACCUGGGUGUCUCCAGGUAUGUUGAUCUGGAGAGAUUGACUCAUGUUCUGACAAACGUCCCAGGAAAUCCAACCUACAUGCCUCCCGAGUGUCAUGUGGAGCCACCCACUUACACUACCAAGCUGGACAUCUUCUCAUUCGGUCAUCUCAUCAUUCACACUGUUAUCGGUGAUUUCCCUAAAGUCAAGAUUGUACCUCAUAGUAUUCGCAACUAUUUCAAGUCCAUCGGAGGAAAGGAGGAGCUCAUGCGUCGAAGCACUGCUGUCCAUGGUGACAAAAUGGGGCAGAAACACGCUCUUUAUCCUCUUGUUGUUAGCUGCCUCCAUGACCGACCUCAACAGAGACCAUCAGUUGACGAAGUGAUUGUCUCACUCAGAAAGCUGUGUCUACAGCAGCCCAGGAUGGUACGUGAGUGAGUGGGUGGAGGUAUCAAAUGUGCAUUGUCAGCUUAUAUAGUGUUAGUGUCGACUGUAUGCUGGUACUUCUGUGUGGGUGGCUAUAGAAUCUUGAACAGUAUAUAACAUGUACAUACAAUUUGUGUCAUUCCAUCUUUUGGGUGUGUUUACUGAGAG